AAGAAAGCUACUGGACUCUCUCUUGGUAAGAGAUUUCUCCUCAACUCCAAAAAUCAAAAAUGCCCAUAAUAAACUCCUUUGGUCCUCUGGAGAUGUACAUUGAUAAGGAGGAGGGAGUUGCCCUGCAGGCUGAUAAUGGAAAAUACUGGAGUUGCAUUUCAUACGACUUCGAUGGUCAAAACAUGUACAUUGAAGCUGCAAAAGCAAACAAAGAUUACUGGUGUAAGUUUCUUGUAACCAAAACCUCAGAUGGGAAGGUCCUUCUGAAAGACCGAAGAGGGAUGUAUCUGAGUAGAUAUGAUGAAGGUGGCAUUCAGUACAUUAGACCAGAGAAGUCUUCCCCAGAUGAGUACUGUAAAUUUAGUGUUUUUACCGAUGACAAUAAGAUCCUUCUUAGGGCUGACAAUGGAAUGUAUGUGAGUAGAAUACACAGAGAGCACCAGAACAUCGAGGCAGCAAAAGAAGGGCCCGAUGAGUGCUGUAGAUUUGCAUUGAGCCUCGGCGAUGUUGUUGAGCCAUCUUUUAAAAUUCUCAGCAUUGAAGUCAAAGAUUUUAACCCAGACCAAAUCAAAACUCCCACAGCUGUAGCAGAGCAAAGCUACACUAACAAUACCAGCGUUGCUCAAAGCCACACUUUCAAACUGUCUUGGGUGCAAAAAACCAGUGAAACGACCACCUGGAACCAUGCUUGGGGUUUCAGUGUUUCGUUAUCUCACGAAUUCAAAAUCGUAAACUUCAGCGCCACAGUUUCUUACAAUGGAUCAUAUGAGAAAUCCUCAACUUUGGAGAAGACAGUAACAGUGGCUGAUGAGUCCACAAUCAAUGUCCCCCCGAAAUCAAAGGUGGUUGCUAAAUUAAUUGUUUACAAAGAUGAUAAUGCUGUUGUUCCAUUUAGAGCUAAAAUUAAGAAAAUUGAUGGCAAUGGAGUUGAAACAAUCUUAACCGAAGAUGGAACUUGGAAUGGAGUAUUUUACAAUAAAGUGAAUAUUAAUGCAUCAGAAGAACCACUAUAAGCAGAAUCACACUGAUUGGCUAACCCUAACCCUAACCCUAACCCUAAUUUUCACGUUUGAUAAAUUGUGUAUUUAGAAGUCAAUCUUCAUUUUUCAAUCAUUAAAAGCAAAAUUAAAAGCUACAUAAAUAGGGGGAUGUUCAGGUUUAAUUUCUGUUAUUUUUAACUCUUUUCCUCACUUGUUUUCUUCCAUAAUCCAUCUAAUUUGUAAAUAUGCUUAGUGGAUUGUAGUGCCCAUAGGAAUGAAAAAUCAAAAAAAGAGAUCUCUUUAAUAUCAUUUUGGUUUCUCUGAGACAACAAUGAGAUUAGAAACAAAUAAAAUGAAGAUGUUUUCUUUUAUUUCAUGUUUCUCAAAUUUUUUUUUCCCCUGAGAAGAAACACCCCAGUGUUCUCACAAGUGUCUCCUCUUGAGUUUCUGCAGAGAUCUCAGCAAAGUCACACAAUGGGCUCAAAUUUUCCAAGUAGUGCUCUGAUGUUUGUAUGCAAUUUGAAAGUUAUUUGCCUUGUAUCGUGAAAUGUAUGGACAAUUGUUUAUGAUAAUAAAACACUUUACUACAAUUACAAAA